AUGAAGCUGCGCCGCCUGAACGAGCAGGCGGAAGAACAGGGCGUCCCUGUAGAGUCAAUCGCUCUGGAACGCUACGCCUCGAUGGAGGAGUACGAGCAGGCGCUCGAGGAGAAGCGCUUCCUGGACGACCGCGACUCACGGCGCCGGAGCCGCACGGCUUCCAAGUCUGGGACGCCAAGCCGAGCAACGCCCAGCCGCGCGACGCCGGAGCCAAUGCGGCGCAUGGUGUUCAACGACGACUCACGUCCGGGCAGUCGACAGGGCUUCAGGCGGCCAGGCGAGAGCCCCGCUCCGGGCGGUGCCGGGUCUAGCGGUGCCGCCGGCGCGAGCCGUGUCGACGCACUCAAGCGGCAGGAGAGCUACGGCACGCCUGCGAAGACGCCGAUUCCCUCCGUCUUCACGCCCCAGGGCAUCACUUCUGCUACGGCCAUGAGCACGGAGGAGCUGAACAGGCUGCAGGCCAAGGUGCUGCGCGCCAAGUUGAUGGACGAGCCAGGCGCUGAGGAACUCGAGAAGCAGUACGAGAAGGAGGUCCUCAAGUCGCAGGCAGCGCUCGAAGGCCGCAAGAUCAACGAUGCGGUUGAGGAGGAGGGCGGCAAGGUCGUUGUCCAGACCGCGGUCCUGCCUACGCUCGAUGGGCAAGGAAGGCUCUACGACGUCGGCCUCGGCAAGGAGGAGGCACCGCCGCAUCCCAACCGCCGGAAGCGCAACAAGGAUCCUAAGAGCCGCGACAAGGAGGGCAACAUCAUCCGAUACAACGCGGACGACGAUGAUAUGACGCUCGACGAGAUGGUGCGGCAGGAGAAGUUUGGCGGCGGUGCCAGCGACCAGAAGAACCUUGAUGCCGAGAUGGCCGCCCAAAUCGCACGCGACGGCCGCUUCCAGGCCGACCUCGAGUACAUGGACGAGAAUUCUGAGCGGCUCGCACGCAAGAGGAUGCGGACCGAUGCCAUGAAGCACUACAAGCGGACGCAGAAGGCGCUCGACGAGUGUCCCUACUGUUGGCACGACGAGGCGGAUCCGCCGCGGCUGCCCGAGACUGCGAUCGUUGCGCUCGGCAAGCGCACCUACCUCAGCUGCACGGUGUACGAGGAGCUGACACCGGGACACUGCCUCAUCGUUCCUAUCCAACAUGCGCUGAGCACGCUGGAACUCGACGAUGACGACUGGGACGAGAUCCGCAACUUUAUGAAAUGCCUCAUGCGCAUGUUUGCGGAGAAGAACCAGGGCGUCGUUUUCUUCGAGACCGUGCUCUCUUUCCGGCAGCAGCGGCACACGGUCAUCGAGUGCGUGCCCGUGCCGGCGGAUGUGUUUGCAGACCUUCCGGCUUACUUCCGCGAGAGCCUGAUGCAGGUCGAGUCGGAGUGGAGCCAGCACAAGAAGGUGAUCGACUUUUCGCAGCGGCCCUUCCGCCGCGCCAUGGUGCCCAACCUGCCCUACUUCAUGGUGCAGUGGGACUACAAGGGCGAGAAGGGGUACGGGCACGUCAUUGAGGGUGUGGACAUGGCGACCGAGGAGGGCGACGACGGCGACAGGGGCGGCGGCAAGUUCCCGCCCUACUUUGCGGCCGAGGUCAUUGGCAACCUGAUCGGCGCCGAGCCGCGGCGCUGGAUGCGGCCGGCGCGCGUCGACCGCGCACUCAACAAGGACCGCGCGCGCGAGCUCGGCACGCGCUUCCAGCCGUACAACUGGACGGUGCAGUAG